UCUAGCAUUGACGGUGUCCCAAAUCUAAACAAAUUGAUAUGAAGUGCACUGGAAACGUCGUUAGUUUAUAGUCAAGAUAGUGUGCCUAUGUAGGGAGAAAGACUGCGUUUGGUACUCAGCCGAGUGAGCGGAACCCUAUGGCGAGUAAAGGGACGCGUGUUUGUUUUCAGUGUUUUAAUGUUAGACUUUUCGUGAAACUCAAUGUUUAUAACCUUAUCUUUUGCUGACUUUUAUGUCCAGACUGUUUUUUGUAUAUUUGCUUGAGCAGUCAUGCAGAUUUGUGUAGUGUGCAGCGAGCAAAUUCCCAAAUACAGAUGUCCUGUGUGCAGAAUAAGAUACUGUUCAUUAGGAUGCUUUAAGAAACACAAAAAUGAGGACUCGUGCCAGCCAGUGAAAGAAGCCCCACCUCCUGCGCCGUGUCCGGAUUCCUCUCAGAGUCGGGCAGCAGAGCCCUGGACGGAUGAGGACCUCCUGGAUGAGGACAGUCAGUCUGACCGAGUUCCUCUGCAGAAACUACAGCUAUUAGGCAAAUCUAAGGAACUGAUGACUCUGCUGCAGAAUCCACACCUGAGGAACCUGAUGCUGAGUGUCGAUUCAGCCACGGACAAAUCCAAAGCCAUGAAGCAAGCCAUGCAGGAGCCGCUGUUCGUAGAGCUCGCCAACCAGUGCUUACAGACUAUCGAGCCGACACAAGUACAAGCUGACGAUGAGGAUGAUGAUGACUAGUCAACAGAGUAAGAACAUCCACUCAGGCUGGUGCUUGAGGAAGAACAAGAUGUAGAUGUCUAUGCUUCCACUGGUCUCUAGGAUCAUCAUGUCCUAAAAUAUGGAACUUCACUGGCUCACAGGACUCAAGACUCAAAUACUGUUUACUAAUAGUGUUUUUCUUUUAUUAUUAUUGUUUUAUAAUUUUUGGUUAACUGUUUGAUUAUUCUCCCAUUAAUAUAUACUGUAACCGAAUAUAAUGUGAUUUUAU